AUGAGCAACUCAUACCCUGUUGAGAAGGUCGAAUCGCGUUCAGCUAUUGCUGCUACGCUCAAUCAGCCUGGUCUUACCAAUAACGAAGUCAUCACCUCGAUCGACACAUAUGUCCCACCCAAGAGAACAUGGAAGUCCUACAUCUGGUCGACACUAGACGUACCAAAAGAUGAAGCAAAGUUUUUGACUAAAUUGGAUAUCACGUUGAUCACUUCUGCAGCUCUGGGAGUAAUGAUUCGAUAUCUGGAUCAAGUGAACAUUACCAAUGCUUUCAAUAGUGGCAUGAAGGAAGAUCUUGAAUUAUACGGUAACGAAUUGAAUUUCGCGAAUGCCCUUUGGAGUGCAGCCUAUGUAUUCGGUCAAAUCCCUUCAAAUCUCUUACUCACCCGAGUCAACGCAGCGAGGUAUAUCGCUUUUCUGGAAUUUGCAUGGACAGCAUUCACCUUCGGGACCAGUGCGGUGAAAAAUACAAAUCAGCUCUAUGCGGUCAGGUUCUUUGUCGGUCUUUUUGAAGCUGGACAUUUUCCGGCGGUUAUGUAUGUCUGUUCCAGUUAUUACAAACCGCAUGAAUUGGCGAGAAGGAACUCUUUGAUCCAAAUUUUUGUGAGCGUGGGGCCCCUCUUCAGUGGGUUCUUAAUGGCGGCCGUUUACGAAGGAUUGGACGGUGUUAGGGGAUGGCCUGGGUGGAGAUGGAUGUACAUUAUUUGCGGAGCCAUCUCUUUGCCCUGUGCAGUGUGGACAUUUUUCGCUAUGCCCCAAUUGCCUGGAAGAGCUAAGCCAAAUUGGAUCUUCACUCAAGCUGAGAUCGACAUGGCUAGAGCUAGAAUGCCAACUGAGAAGAAGUUUUAUACCGGUUUGUUCAAAUGGAAAGAUAUCAAGAGAUGGCAUACCACUUGGCAUGUCUACCUGUUCCCCUUCUACUUCCUAUGUGCUGGUCAGAUCGGUCAAGCUGGGUCUUCCAUGAUCUUCUGGGUCAAAAGUUAUAAUAUCAAAGGAAAACCAAACGUAUUCUCAGUAGCCGAAAUCAACAUUAUCCCCCUUGGUAUCAAUGUUAUCACCAUAGUGGGGGCGUUGACCUCGUCUUGGAUCUCAGACUCUCUACCUGGAUCUGCUCGUUGGCCGUCAAUGGUGUUCGCCGCAUUAGUCGGAGUUGUCAUUCCCGCUGCACUCGGUGCCACACCCGUUCAUCCACCUAACAGGGGUACUCGAUGGGCAUUGUUUUAUCUCACAUCUCUAGCUGGUACAGCAGCGGGAGUCACCUGGACAUUCGUCAACGAGACUAGUCGACAAGAUCCUGAGAAACGAGCAUAUGUCGGUGCGAUGAUGAACGCAUUCGCAUAUAUCUUCACCGCUUGGGUUCCCAUCUUCACGUUCCCUACAUCGAAACAACCAUACGUCAAUAAAGGAAUGUUCGCGACCAGUGGAUUCGCCUCGGCCGCUUUGUUGACUGCGUUGGCUAUUGGUUAUUUGGAUCAUAGGGAUAAGAAGAGAGCUAGACUUUUGGGUGAUGACGAGGGUAACAAACAUGAUCAAGAGUCGAACUCCGUUCCGGAUAGUCCGAUUGAUGAGAAGAAUAGUGAAUUGAGAGCGUAA